AUGCCGAUCAUCCUCAUACCAAUCAUCCUGAUCACAAUCAUCAUCUUCAUAUACCUACUGAUCACCAAAAACCUCAUCAAAACCUUCCGAUACAAACACCUACCGUGUUACGACGCAAAGCACCACUUCAUCAACGGCGCACAGUUCUUAUCCAAAUCCAGAUCCACAUCCGACCGUACGAUCGCCAUCAAGUUCGCAAAACAAGCCGCCGAUGAAGCCGAUCGAUCAAUCGCACUGGAUCCAAACGACGCCGCAUCACACGUGUUAAAAGCGUUAGCUCUCGACGCACAGGGUUACACUACGUCAGCGUUAACGGCGCUUGACGUCGCGUUAUCGCCGUUAACGGCGAAGUCGUUGAGUGAUGCGGAGAGAGGAGAGGCGUUGUUUAAAAGAGCGGAGAUUAAGAAAGUGAGUUGUUGUAAGGAGGAGCGAGUUGACUCAGUGUUUGAGGAUUUGGUGGAAUCGGUGAAGUUGUAUGGGGAGAAUGCGGAGGCGUUUUGGAUGCUUGGAGAGUGUUAUGAGAAGAAAGGGAGGAGAGAGGAGGCGGUUCGAGCGUACGAGAAGGCGGUCCGGAUUGAUCCGGUGUGUGGGGCGAGAGACGCGUUGAAACGGUUGGGUUCGGGUUUGGUUUUGGAUAUAGAAACACCACCGGCUAGGGAAUAA